AAUUUGCAUGUCAUUCGAAACCAGCCCAGCAUAUAUCUCUUUCCUCCCCCUUGUUGCCGUUUGUUGAAAUAAUCAUUUUCGUCACCUCACCCCGCUCCGACCUCCCGGAUAAACCAUGGGAGUGGGAGAUUAUGUGCAUGCAAAAGAGGCUGGCCAGCCUCGACCACGCACAACUGAUGUCCCAACCCAGUCCCGGCAAACUCUAGCUGCACAAGCAAGGGUUGAAGUCCCUCCGACAAAUCUGGUGGCGCCGGUGCCCCUGCCAGUCAACAAAUCAAUACCCCUGGAGCAUUAUGGAGCAGCAUCUUUUACCGAGCAGAUGCCUCAGGCGCCCGCGGAAAAUGCCGUGCAUAGAGACAUGUUCGACACGGACGUGGAAGGAAUCGACGAGUCCACCAUUGCGGCGACAAGUGUCAUCGGGGCAGAAGAUGUCCCGAUCCAAUACCAAUUACGACCCGCCACGGUUCCCCAGUAUCAAGCAGCGCCGGUGGAGGAGAGGCCGCUGCACCCGUCUCGACUGCCACGCCGUGCAUACGAUGGCAAAUGGUACGAGAAUCUUGGGGAUAACGCUAUGAAAUCGGCCGGUUUCGAUUCCGAAGAGGCCGAUGAUGCAAGCCAAUUGACCUCCAUGGCUGGAGAUGAUGAACGAUCUGAUACGACCGAGGAUGGGAACUACGCCCGCAGAUACAGAUCAUCGACCGAAGAGCCUCUGAGCAAGCGCCUGCAGAACUUCUGGGCUGCCAGCAGGAAAUCCCAUCAGAAUCCUGAACCAACCACGUACCCAGAGCCAUUGAAAGGCCCUUCUCUCAAUCAAUCAACAUCCGACGUCAGAAUGACUAGUCAGGUCCUAUCCAACAGAAAAGUCACGCUCCAACGCAGCAUGACCGCAACUCCACGGACACGCUUCAGCCCACCCAAGCCAUCUCUCCUAGAGCAGUUGGAUCUAACCCCUACCCGGCGGACCUCCGGGCCUCGCCCACAACCCGGCAAGGAGACUGGUGUCACCAGCACCACCAAUCACCGCGAUAGCGAAGACGAUGGCCGUCUAUUCGGAAAUGGACAUGAAAGACGCGACAGCCUACCACCAUUAAGCUCCUUUGACAUGACCAACAUCGACGAUCUCGACGACGAUGACGACCCAAUCAAUGAUCCAUUCGCGCGACGCGGCUCAGUCCAACGCAUUAUCCCCUCUCCCGAUCCCCAAUCCAAGAAAAAACGAAACAUCGAAUCAGACUACCCGCCACACGUACUACGUGAGAAAUCAUUCAACGACCUCCAAUCUGAGCCCUUCGACCACACACCCACCGCACCCACCGCACCCUCCAAAACCACCACCACUACCACCGCCCCCAUCUCCGUUCCAGGACCCAAAGCCACCUCGGAAGACAAAUUGUCUUUCCUCCUCAACUCAACCGACAAAGACCGCCGCAACUUCUUCUCCACCCUCUCAAUUGACAGCUGGGAAGACUACGGCGAUCUCCUGAUCGACCAAUUCAGCAACGCCCUCUCCAAGAUGAAAGAUCUGCGUCACGCUCGACGGAAAACCGCCGCCGUGUUCGAAGCAGAGAUCAGACGCAGAAACGAAGUCGUUGAGGAACAAUCUUCCGACCUUUCGCGGAAAUUCGAGGAGAUGCGCAGCGGAGGUGCAGAGGUCCUUCGCGGUCGUACUCCUUGACCCAAUUAUUAUAAGAGACCGGAUUCUACUUCAUGCAUAUAAUUCUAAGCUUGUGUGCAUGGUCUACCUUUCUCUCUCUCUCUCUCUCUCUUCACACAAAUUCCAUUAUUGUUAUUUCCCCUCAGAUAUUCUUACUUCAUGUUGGGUUCAAAUUGUAUGUGUUUGUUUGUCCUUCGAGAUUUCAGAGUUAUGAGAUAGAGUUUACGCGAGGAUGACCAGAUUAUGUCCGUGUUGUAUUUGCCAGUCGGCGCUUAUAAUGACCCCUGUCGGUUUCAUAUGUUUUGAAU